GUACUCCAGAGAGCCUGGCAGAGAAGGAGCACCAGCUGAGCACCAUGAUCACUCAGCUGAUCAGCCUGAGAGAGCAGCUCCUGGCCGCCCACGAUGAGCAGAAGAAGCUGGCUGCCUCACAGAUGGAGAAACAGAGGCAGCAAAUGGAGCUGGCUCGCCAGCAGCAGGAACAGGUAAGAACACACUGGUUGUGUAUGUUGGUUUCGUGCUCUGUCUGGUCUAGCUGGGUAUGGUGGGGUCUCUAGGUAUCUAAGAGGGAGGAGAGAAGAGAGAGAGAGAAGAGAGAGAGAGAGAGAAGAGAGUGAGAGAGAGAGGAGAGGAGAGAGAAUACGAGAGACGAGAAAUAGAUAAAAAAGUGAAGAGAGAGAGAGCAGGUAGAGAGAGCAGAGAGAAGAAUAGAGAGAGAGAUCUAGAGAGAGAAGAGAGAGCAGUCGAGGAGGCCAGAAGAGAUAGAGAGAGAGAGAAAGAAGAGCGCGGAGAGAGAGAGAGAGAGAGAAGAGAGAGAGAGAGAAGAGAGAGAGACGAGAGAAGAGAGCGAUGAGAGAGAUAGAGAUAAGGCGAGAGGAGAGAGGAGGAGAGAAGAGAGAAGAGAGAGAGAGAGAGAGAUCAUAAUCCCGCGAUCUAUCCUACUAUAUAUCUCUCUCUCCUCUACUCUCUCUCUCUCUUCUCUCUCUCUCUCUCUCUCUCUUCUCUCUCUCUCUCUCUCUCUUCUCUCUCUCUCUCUCUCUCUCUCUCUCUCUCUCUCUCUCUACCACUUACACAUAUUCCUCCCUUUACUAAAUGCAUAAAAAGUCCCUUAACCCUCUAUUGAUUCAUCAGAAAACUUUAUUGCCAAAAUAUGCCAAUAAAGUGUCAUUACUUAGUAGGAAUUUGAAAUAAUAUUAGAUUGAAUAGAUGUUUUAUUUUACCGUAUAUUAGCUUGAGUAUUUCAUCUAAGUGUCGUCAUGCUCUCUCACCCACAUUUAUGCUUUGUGUUGAGAAAAAUGUUAUUAUGACUUGUAUUAACACAUUAUAGUGGAUAUGUGAAUUAAACAUGAUAUUAAACAUUGGAGGUCCUCUAUAUCUUGUAAAUAGAGGCCUAUUAGAACAAUCCCUCCCUGCGUUAGAAGGGAGGCACAAAUCAGCCAAAUGAGGCAUAUUGUACAAAUCAGCAAAUUAGCACAGCCCAUGAACUAUGUUAAUGUCUGGUUGGAAAUAAGGAUGGGAUCUGUCCACACUGGCGACGGGUUUAUUAUCACCAAGCCUCCUAAUGGCCAAGAGUAAAUUACCAGCCUGGAGUAUAGCCUACACUUACAGUUAGCUUCUCCCUACAGCUUUCACUCCUGCAUGUGCUAAUAACUGUAAAGGUCAAUUACCUGGGAUUUUAUGUACAGUACUGUAUACCGUUCAAUCAUGCUAUUGUUCAAUCAUCUUUUACUAUAAACUAAAUUUGUUUUUUUGUUUUCUUCCAUAUGUGAAAUCACAGUAUUAUGAAGAAGGGUGUUCCAUGGUAUGCUAUGUUGAUAUUAAUAAAUUAUAUAAUGAUUUAGGAUAUUUGCAUGUUUUGUCAUCAUGUAUGAGAGACAGCAGAUCUGUCUAUCCCCCAAUGGAGUAGAAAAGGGUGGAAUAGUGGGGGGGAGAAGAUGAGAGGAGCCUGCCCAGAGUUAGAACGUCAUUUAGCCACCCAGACACGACACAGUAAUUAACUGUUGACACUCGUGAAGAAGCCAGGACAAAUUAAUCCUGACACAUUUGCAGACGAGUGAUAUCUUACAGUGAACACUUUGUAAUUAUAUUUGAAAAUGAAAAUUAAAUGACACUUAAAACUAGGUUGUCAUGCUCAAUGAAGCGAGCGUGUAGUUAGACAGAGAGGCUGCUGGGAUAGAUGGGGGGCUGUUCGCCGGCAGAUGCAGUGCCACUCAGACGAGAGGGAUAGGAGUCUGCCAGAACACUCCUACCCAGCCUGGCCCGGCCCGGCACAGCCCAGCUCAGCCCACACCAGUUACCACCAUCGUAAACACGUCAAUCUCCCUCUCUGCUUCCCCAUCUCAGACUGCCCAUCACAGCCCUCCUAGCCAAGCACGCUAGGCCAGCAAUACCACAAAAUCUACAGCUCUGGUAUACUGUGCCUAAUGCUGAAGGCCACUGUUGACUUCUGUCAUGUCUUUAGGCAGGUGGUGAUAUGUUGUAAUGGGGCUCAGAUCACCAUGACGUCUUGUUUGCAAAUACUGUCCUGCAGUUACAGUGUCAUGUUUUCCUUAGUGUCAGUUGAUAGUCAGUCCCCGGCCUGGCUGAGUGGUAUAAGCAUUUACUGUACUCUGAGAUUAAAGGAACAUGUUUCUGACUGUUGUGACUCUUCUUCUCUGGUGUUCAUCUACAGAUUGCCAGACAACAGCAGCAGCUUCUGCAGCAGCAGCACAAAAUCAAUAUCCUCCAGCAGCAGAUUCAGGUCAGUGGCUCGUUCAUGUGUUCCCCUCACCCUCCCACCCUCUCACUGGCCUUUCCUUACCCAGCCACACCCCACCACAGGCCACAUGUCAAAUCUCAUAGGUUUCUAUCUGACAGAUAUUACACACAUUUACAUACCGUAUAUUAUAAUCCCAAUAUCCACUAAGAGGUUUACAGCCUAACACUGGUACUUUACUGUCUUUCUUUAUCUUUCUCUCCAUCGCAUUCUUUCUUUCUCUUUUUGAUAUCUCUCGCUUCAUUCUUCUGUCACUCUCUCUUACAGUCGUCAUUCACAUCACAUGAUAAUUGGCCAUCGGUAAUUGGGAGGGGUAAAGAUGGAGGGGAAUAAUUAUCACAUCCUAAUUAACAAAGAUGGAGAGAAGAGAAAGUAACAACACCUAAUGAAGCGUGCUGCUGCUGGUAGAGAGAGAAGUGCCUGGAGGGUGGAGGUGGGGACAUGAAAGAGGCUGGUAAAUGCUGCCUUUGAAAUGAUACCAUCCCAGUUGAGUGACGUGGCAGGCCUUUUGACAGCACCGGGGCUACAGUUCACAGCAUAUUGUUAGUGAGGGGAAGAGCCUUGUUCACCUCAAUGUGGUGGUUAAGGGAGAUACUGUUUUUGGUGGAAGAAGAAGUUUGUUUAUACAGUAUUCAGUUAAAGUCCUACAAAUGUUUGUUCAUUUACUUUAUAUAUUUAUAAAGGUGCACUUAGAAUAGCUCGUUUUAUGCUCAGCUCAGAUUGAAAAUGAAGGUUUUAUUGGAGUAAUGUCAGUGUAUACGGUGGUGGUCAUUGGCUGUGCAUUUUCUCUCCAAAGUGGAUUGUGUUCUUUUCUCCCCUUAAGUAAUUAUGGAAAAUUGAGAAAAAAAAUGUAAAUGGGGGAGGAGGGGGCGAGAGUAUUCACACGAGACACAAACCAAGAAAAAUGUAACGAGGGCACCAUAAAUAAACAUGGCAUAUUUGCUGAAAGAAAGAAAGAAAACAGCAUGAGAUGUAGCAGGAGGAGAGGAGAGGAGGGGGAGUGCCAGUGUGUGGGAUGUGUAUGUGGGGAGUGUUGGGCAUGUGUGUUGGUGAGGCGGUUACAGUACAGUGUGGUCAGGUUAGGGACCACCCAUGCUGAGUGUUGGACACAGACAGGCUGGCUAGGGCUGGGCUGGGUUACUCUGGGUAGGGGUGGUCGGUCAGUGGCUGGCUGUAGUCAAGGCCGUUGCCCCAGCCCAGCCGUCUGAAGAAAACCAAGGCUUUACUGUAGGGUGGGUCUGGUGCCAGGAGCAGUCUUCUUCUAUGACCCACCUAUUACUUAUCCUGCUACCACUACACACUCACUACCAACACACACUCACUACUAACUCACACUCACUACCAAACACGCUCACUACUAACACACACUCACUACCAAGACACGCCAAGACACAAACACGCGACAAACACGCCACGACAAACACAGACGAAAAACAAAGAACAGACCAGUAACGAGCGACGCGGACGAUAUCGCUCUGCGUACGCUCUAUCGCUCUCUACUCGCUGUAUCUCUCUCUCUCUCUCUCUCUCUCUCUCUCUCUCUCUCUCUGUCCCAAUCUCUGUUCUCUGUUCUGAGGAGGAUCAUUAAAACAUAAUUCUCCUCUCAAUUCACCAUCACAAAUGGCUUCAUUAUCAGUUCCAUACUUUGAAAUAAACUUUAGGAAGCAUGUUUUCCCUGGCUGAAGAUCUGUCCCUGCUCUAGUAGGCGUACGUUGUUGAAUGGUGGAGUGGGCUAUAGAUCCCCUCUUCACCCCCUUCCCUCUCCACUCCUCCAGGCCUCUCCCAGUCCACAGUCCCUGUGAUGUGUGGAGGCAAAACAGAAAAGCAAACCCCUUGGAUUUACACAGCAUUAAGCACAAAAGCAGGAUUUAGUGCUGGGCCAUAAAAAUCCCCCUUUCAAGUGCACUUCCCAAGAGAAAGGCCCCACUGUCAAUGUCUGCUUCUGCUGGAGAGGCCAGAGAGCUGGCCCCUCUGGUGCUGCUGUCACUGUCCACAGUGUUUGUGAGAAAUGACUCCCCAUCACUCCACUAAAGAGGAACUCACUCUGCUCUCUAGAACAGAGCACAGUACCUUCACUAGCAUACAUGCUAGAAUGAAGCACCCUAUGCCCUGGGACCAAGCCCCCUUAAUAAGGACUCUACUCCUGGGCUCGCUGACACACCACCACAACACAUCAUACUUUGACAGGUCCACACUCCACACUUUCAUGCUGUGGUUAAAGACUAAUGUGCUACCUGGAAAUUCCCCUUGAUGAGCAGUUCAGGGAGGAGGGUGUUAUAUCUCUUCCACCAGACUUGGGGAGGUACUGAAAGUGUAUGGAUCUAUUUCAAACAGAUAGAGAGGCCCCUAGAUGUAAAGAUCUGUGUCUCCAGCCAAGGCAGCUUUCCCCAGACUCUGUCCUUGUGAUCUGUCCUGAUGAAACACCACUAUAUCUACAAUUAAACAAAAGAGACACUUAUUUAUACCAUCUGCUGCACUCCCCUCAGUCUAUCUGCUUGUUUACAAGCCUCACCAGGCCCUUAUCAAGCAUAGAUUACUCUCACAACAACUUCAAAUCAGUUUGAUCAUGUUAGACAUUUUGUUUAUCCUACCACAAGUCCUUUAAUGCUUACUUCAUUACAUUUUUUCCCCUCGUGACCCAGUUUUACUCUGUCCUGUGUGGCGCUGGUCUGGCCGCUCGUAAAGAUGGCCAACCAGAGGGAUGAGGGAGAGAUGAGGGGAGGGAUGAGGCAGGCAGGGGCGAGG